GUUAAGAACUUCGCAAAGAUGUUUCGGGCUCUGCUAUUUGCGUUGUUUUUCGGGUUUCUUAGUCUAACAAAAAGCAGUGUUGCUAGUAACUUACAGACAGGCAUACAGACCAAGGUUGAUUUGCUGAAGUCGUUAAUUUACGAUAACACUAAGGCCACAGUGACCCUAGACUCGUCAGCUUUCAAGGAACUUAUUCAAUUAUCUUCAGAAUCACCCAGUUCUCCUCGAAGAGUAAGCUUCUCUGUCAGCGUAAAGUCAACUUCACUUACACUCGGGGCAAGACAAACAGUGAAAUACGAUGCAGUGCUGACCAAUGACGGGAACGGAUAUGACGACAGAACGGGAAUCUUCACGUGUCCUGUGGCGGGAACCUACAUGUUUGUUGUCGAUUCUUUAUCUUGGUCUGGGAUUUGGUUAGAACUGAAAGUCAACAAAAUGACGGUGGGUAGACUUAACGUGAGGUAUGGGCAUAAAGUGGACUUGAUCCAAAUGAGCAGGACAGUAAUCGUGAAGCUGAAACCUGGGGAUCAUGUCAAAGUUGAAAAUUAUGAAAACGGCGGCAAGAUAUACUUUAACCUGUACUCAGGGUUUACAGGAGCCCUCUUGUACUGA